GUUCCCACUUUCAUGGGUGUGGUGAUUAGCUUACUUGGUGAACAUUUUAGUCUAAUCUGAGCCGAGUCGCGUUCGCUUAUGCUCCCUUAAACCGAUUAUUAUUUUUCUUCAAAUUAACACACCUGCCUUUGCGAUUUCUCUCACAGCCGGGACCAUGGUUGUCGUGUGAAAACGGAUCGGUGUGACUCGGAUUGGAAGGACAGACCGAGCCAACAGCAACAACAAAAAAAAAAAAAUCAUUUUUUCAGGUGUCAGCUGGUAAAGUGUGUGUGUGUGUGUGUCUGUGUGUGUGCGGGCACGUGUGUUUUCCCAGCCCUGUCAGUAUUUGGAGCGGCGUGUGGCCUGAACAAAUCACAGAAGGACAAUGAGUGAGCUGGAACAGUUGCGGCAGGAAGCCGAGCAACUACGCAAUCAGAUCCGGGAUGCCAGGAAAGCCUGUAGUGACUCCACACUGUCUCAGAUCACAGCUGGUCUGGACUCAGUGGGCCGGAUACAGAUGCGAACGCGACGCACUCUCAGGGGCCACCUGGCCAAGAUCUAUGCAAUGCACUGGGGGAGCGACUCCAGGUUACUUGUUAGUGCCUCGCAAGAUGGAAAGCUGAUCAUCUGGGACAGCUACACAACAAAUAAGAUGCAUGCCAUCCCGCUGCGUUCUUCCUGGGUGAUGACGUGUGCCUACGCCCCCUCUGGGAACUAUGUGGCCUGCGGAGGCCUGGACAACAUCUGCUCUAUAUACAGCCUGAAAACCCGAGAGGGCAACGUGCGCGUCACCCGAGAGCUACCCGGACACACAGGUUACUUGUCCUGCUGUCGUUUCUUGGAUGACAACCAAAUACUGACCAGCUCCGGAGACACCACCUGUGCAUUGUGGGACAUAGAGACGGGCCAGCAGGCCACCACCUUCACCGGUCACACAGGCGAUGUGAUGAGUUUGUCUCUUAGCCCGGACUUCAAGACCUUUGUGUCAGGAGCUUGUGACGCCACCUCCAAGCUGUGGGACAUUCGUGAUGGCAUGUGCAGGCAGUCCUUCUCCGGCCAUGUGUCCGACAUCAACGCUGUCACCUUUUUCCCCAAUGGAAAUGCCUUUGGCACGGGCUCAGACGACGCCACCUGCAGGCUGUUUGACCUGCGUGCCGACCAGGAGCUGAUGAUGUACAGCCAUGACAACAUCAUCUGCGGCAUCACCUCUGUGUCCUUCUCCAAGAGUGGCCGCCUGCUCCUGGCCGGCUACGAUGACUUCAACUGCAACGUCUGGGACACUCUGAAAGGCGAACGUGCAGGUGUGUUAGCUGGCCACGACAACAGAGUGAGCUGCUUAGGGGUGACAGAAGACGGCAUGGCCGUGGCCACUGGCUCCUGGGACAGUUUCCUGCGGAUCUGGAAUUAAACAAACCUCUUCCUUGUACUCAAUCACUGCCCUCCAACUUGCUCCCCGCAACCCCACCCCACAUAUCCAAACUCAUCUGCUGGGCUGGACCUGAGGGGUGCACUGUGGCAGCCGAAAUCCUCUCGACCCCCGAGUUCUCCUCUCUGCUGGAGACCUGCCCACCUGUGAGAAAGUACUAACUCUUUCUACCUGUCCAAGUGACGUAAUUUUUCACCCAGCCAUCACACAGAAACAUGAUUAAGAACCUUUCAGUAGAGUUGUCCAAUCAGAAAUAAAGAAAGAUGAGUUAAGAAAAACUGGAGAAAAGAAAUUGCCCCUCUACCAAUUCUCUUAUAGGGCGAGAUAAAGAAUCUUUUACCGUGACAAACAACAAACUAGAUGAUCGCCUGUGUGUAAUAUGUAAAUGUAUAUAUAAAGACAGUAUAUAUGUAUAGCAUUAUGUGUGUAUAUAUGCAUAAUAUAUGCAUAUAUAAUGUGUAUGUAUAUAUUUUUGUAGUUUAUUUCCCACCCUUGAGAUUUUUCUUUAUGAUUUUGGGGGGUUUAUGUUUUAUUUCUAUUGUACAUAUUCACAUUACUACUUGCCAGAAACGUGUAUUUUAAUCCUGUGUGAGUACCAGAUAGAGUGUCUGACAAUUUAGACACGGUAACGUAUCAUAAUUUAACCUAAAAGCCUCCUUAAUUUUUACAAUAUUUCUGGUACUUUCUGUUAAAUAAAGCCCACUUCUCCAGCAACGAAAGAGGAUUUAGCAAGUUAAACAAAAACAAUUUCAAAAAAAUAUACUUUGCCCCAGCUAAACUCACCUUCCUCAUCUGUAUGUGUAUUAUUGUACAGGCUGCAAGCGUAUUUCAUGCAUCCUGUAUCUGCAAAUUCAUGUGAAUGACAACACGACCCAUGGCAUUCCUCACCACAUCUUUUCAUUUGGAAAGAAACCACCUCACUGCUGUGAUUUAAUGAUUAGAGAGCGCGCUUCAAAAACAACAAGUGGUGUUUUUAGUCUGGAUUCAGUUUUAGCUCCAAAGUAGAAACUGGUGAAUUUUAGGCUUAGAUAGAACACUUUAUUUAACUGGAGGCACUGCCUUGACCUCUACUCGCAUGGAUUGUGGUUUGAAAUCCUCAGAUGUGGAAUAUCUGAAAACCACACACUCCAUGCAAACAGCUGUGUGAUAUGAUCAAUAACCCAACAGUCCUACAUCAUUGUUUUGCAUCAUCAUAUCACCUGUCAGCUGUGGCCUAUAGAAUCUACUUUUCCUCCGAGUUGAGAUGAGCAUGUCGAGUUGCCUGUACAAAUGACACUGAUGGAGAGAAGGGCAUCGCAAAGAGAGAUGCGUUCUCCUCAAGCAGAAGCCGUCUUCUGCCUGUAAUGGUGCUGAGGCCUGUAUGGACAAAUGGUAGAGCGGCCUGUCGUUGCGUGAGGAUAUUUAAAGGACCAUAAAAGACAGCAGUGACUCUGUAAGACGCCUCUGAGGACUUGAGAAAAGAUGUCCGUCAGAGCUCGCCAUGUCAUUUUUAUCUUUUUUUUUCAAAAGCAAAGGAUCAAUGAGUCCUCUUCGUUGUCAACAAGGUGUGAACUGAGCAACUGCAUGGAACUGAAAUCAUGUUAGCUGCUCCCAAAUCACACCAGUGCCGCCACAAGCUUGUAAAAAAAAAAAAGGAAAAAAAAAUGUUUCUUUUUUUAAGGGUUUUAAGACUUUUUUUUUUCCAUCACCAAAAACAUGUUAUGAACUUUUAACUAUUGCUUGUGAAGAAAGUGCACUUGGUAGACAGAAAUGUACACUUAGUAGAGAGCUAGACAUGCACUCACAAACUAGUACAAAUGUAAACCAUUGAACACAUGUGACUUAUUUACUCAUAGAAGUGCUGUCUGAUUUUGAGUAUCAUCGCAGAUCUUCCAUUAUUUUGGUUCCUCUAAAGGCUUAAUUAAAAAAGAAAAUACACAAUGUAUGUGAGUUGGACCUAUCCAUCGGCUGUUUCGGGUGCCUGUCUCUGAAAAUAUAUAUAUAUAUAUAUAUAUAUAUAUAUAUAUAUAUAUAUAUAUAUAUAUAUAUAUAUAUAUAUAUAUAUAUAUAUAUAUAUAUAUAUUAUUUUUAAUUUGACCCACAUGGGCUGGAUAAAGGAGGGGUUGUGCUCCUGUGAGAUGUGGCACUAUUGUGUCUCCAUUCUGCCUUACGAUACCAUUCAUAAUAGAAGGUAAUACUAGCAUCGACAACAGUAAUUUGUUCCUCUUACUAUUCCUUUUUACACACUGAUCAAUAAGAGAGAUUGCAAUUUUUUUUUUUCCAAUAGAAGCACAUUCUGAUACUAGUGAACACUAAAAAGCAUGCUUACAGAAAACCACGCAAGCACAUGCAGCUCCAUACUGCUUCUUAAAGCUUUUUAUACAAUUCUGCUUUCUACGACUACCACCGCACACUACCACUGUAGUAUUUAUUUAGGUUCAAUCGGCUACAAUGAAACCCCUCUAUGGCCUACCGUGAUUCUAGUUACCUUUUUACGUUCUUAAAUGUUUUAGCUGCUUCUACCUGGCUUUGCAUUAAUUAAUCCAUUUUGAGAGAAUGUUAAUAACAGUUAUCGUUUUUAGUCUGAGAAUAUCUUUUGAGGUGUGUAGGAUGUGAUAUGUAUUGCAUAUCAGUGUGUUUGUGUGUGUGUGGGGGGGAGAGAUGAGGAGCAGGAGGGGGGAGGGGGGGUUGCUGAUGUAUGUGGGUAACAUAUAGAUCUAAGUGUUACUUCCUUAUUUGUGCCAAUGUUAUCCACAGACUCUGAGCUGUGAACUGAAAACUAGUCAAUGUGACAAAAAGAAGAAGAAAAAAAAGGUUUGCUCACUACUCAAGUGCCAGCUUUCUCCAUAUCCAUCAAUUAAAGUCGCAUCAGUUUGAUUUUAUACCCAGUCUGUUGUCUGGCCAAACCGGUGUACUGCUUAUAUCUGAAGAUGGGUGUUUGUGUUAUUAAGUUAACAGUGCUUAUUAGAGUGAAGUUAGUCGGCGAACGUCAGAUGUUCAUGUGUCCCCAGAUAACGAUGAAAUGUAUUUAAAGGAAUAGUUUGACAUUUUGGGAAAUGUUUGCUUUCUGGCGGUUAAGUAGAUUCACGUCUCACUCAUGUCUGUCUGUUUGAACAUUAGGCCACAACCAGCAGCCUGUUAGCUUAGCACAAAGACCGCCUGGCUCUGUCUGAAGCCCCCUAAUAAACAAGUCUUGUGUCUUAAACAAAACGGCAAUUCCGUCUGUUGCCUGGCAACUGGUCAGGCACAAACCCACCCUGUGAAUGGCGAAUAAGCGUUUUUAACACAUGUGUUUGUACAUAUUAAAUGGACAACAUGUUCAUUUGUAUGUGACAGAUGCUGCUAGGCAGACGUUGUUACUGUU